CGACAAAAUACAGAGCAGCCAUGCGAACGGCGUCGAACGGCGGGCCACGUGUGUUUAGAUCGGGUUGAUGUUGAUGCUAGACUGCCAAAAUGCUUGUAUUAUUUGAAACUGCGGCGGGAUUUGCCAUAUUUAAGUUACUGGAUGAAAAGAAACUGCAGCAGGUAGACAAUCUUUUUGAAAACUUUACAUCUACUGAGAAAGCAAGUAAAGUUGUACAACUCCAGGAAUUUAAGAAAUUUGCAGACUCUGCUGAUGCUUUGGAAGCUGGAGUAGCACUUAAUGAAGGAAAAUUAUGCAAGCCAUUGAAAAAGUUAUUGAAGAAAGUUUAUUCGGAGGAGGUACAGGAGCAGCUGAUGGUAUGGGAUGCCAAGCUGGGAAAUUCAAUCAAGGACAAGUUGGGAGUGCAGUGUGUGACCAACAACAGUGUUGCUGAGCUGAUGAGAUGCAUCAAAUCACAGGUGGAGGGUCUCAUUCCAGGCCUGCAGUCAAAGGAGCUGGCAGCCAUGUCCCUUGGGCUGGGCCACAAUUUGGCAAGGUACAAAUUGAAAUUCUCUCCAGACAAGGUUGAUACCAUGGUUGUUCAGGCCAUUUCCCUCCUUGAUGACAUUGACAAGGAACUGAACAACUACACCAUGAGGACAAGGGAGUGGUAUGGUUGGCAUUUUCCAGAACUAGGGAAGAUAAUUACUGAUAAUGCUGCUUACAUCAGCACUGUUCUGACAAUGGGCACACGAGAGAAAGCAGUAGCAUCAGACUUUUCAGCAAUAUUGUCUGAGGAAAUGGAGGAGAAAGUGAAGGAGGCAGCUGAAGUGUCUAUGGGUACUGAAAUAUCAGAAGAGGACAUAAUAAAUAUUAAGUGUUUGUGUGAACAGGUUCAGGAAUUAACAGAAUACAGAGAACAGCUUUACACCUACUUAAAGAACAGGAUGGCAGCCAUUGCACCCAAUGUAACUAUUCUGGUGGGAGAACUAGUUGGGGCUCGUCUGAUAGCCCAUGCAGGCUCCCUCAUUAACCUUGCCAAACACCCUGCUUCCACCAUCCAAAUUCUAGGAGCUGAAAAGGCUCUCUUCAGGGCUCUCAAGACCAGACAUUCCACCCCCAAGUAUGGUCUUCUGUAUCAUGCUCAACUUGUUUCACAGACUAGUACCAAAAAUAAGGGUAAAAUGUCGCGAAUGUUGGCUGCCAAAGCUGCUCUUGCCUGCCGUUAUGAUGCUCUUGGUGAAGAAACCACAACCGAUAUGGGCAUUGAGAACAGAUCUAAACUGGCAUCAAGAAUAGCAAUGCUUGAGGAAGGCCAUUCCUUCAAGAUCUCCGGAAGGGGGAAAAGUCUUGCCAAGUUCGCUAAGUAUCAGGGAGUUAGGGAGGUCCAGCAGUAUCAUGCUGCUGCUGAUACCACCUUAGCAAGCUCAACAAAGCGUAAAUUUGAUGAUGGUUUUGAAGAAGAACCUGCCAAGAUGAUAAAAGUAGAAGAAAAGCAAGAAACUGCACAGGCUAGUACUAGCACUGAAAAGAAAAAGAAGAAAAAGAAAAAGAUCAAACAAGAGGAAGGUGAAGAAGCAAGUGCAGAACAGCAGGUGGAGGUCAAACAAGAACCUGAGGCUAACCAGGCAGAAGCCAUGGAUGUUGAUCAGUCAGAGAAGAAGAAAAAGAAAAAGAAGAAGAAGAAGGAGGCUGAGGGUGCUGAAUAACAAGGGUAGUAUGCUUUCACUUAAGUAUUAAGUGAGUUGUUCAUAGAUUUAAAGGAGGGAAUUGUAAGAAGUAACAACUAAAGUGUUCUUCAUACUAUUAUUGAUUUUAUUUAUUAUUAUUGUUAUUAUUAUUAUUAUUUUUUAAUAUUAUUUUAAUGUGAUUCAUAUGUAUUUAUCAGUAUAUAAAUAUAUGUAUCUGAUGCCCAUUUCUGAGAACAUCUCCCUUUAGGGGAUUGCCACAUUAGAAGAUUCUCCAUUUAUUUCAGACUUUCUCUCUCUCUCUCUCUCUCUCUCUCUCUCUCUCUCUCUCUCUCUCUCUCUCUCUCUCUCUCUCUCUCUCUCUCUCUCUCUCUCUCUCUCUCUCUCUCUCUCUCUCUCUCUCUCUCUCUCUCUCUCUCUCUCUCUCUCUCUCUCUCUCUCUCUCUCUCUCUCUCUCUCUCUCUGUUGUAUGGUGGUAAAUUUUCCUUGCACUUGAUUAGAAGCUUUUGUUCUAUUCUAUUCUAUUCUAUUGUACUCAAACUCCCAUGGUCAUCUCAAUCUUUGGCAUUCUUUUUAUUUGAUUAAACAGUUGUAUGGUGCUGCAUUUCAAUUCUGUCAGCCAUUCAUCAUUUAAUUUGUCCACCUUUACUUGACAUACAAUAUCUGUUAUGCAUCUUUUCAAUAUGCACUGUGUUUUCCCUCAUUUUAGUGCAAUCCUGAUAACUUGAAUGUGAAAAUAUUUUACCUAUAUUUUAGAACUAGGAUAAUUUCUGGUUCAGAUACAUUUCUUCACACCAUAGUAUGGAGGACAUGGCUUUGUCACAGACUGGCCAAGCUGAAAGAUACUGCCAAUUUUUCAGCAUUUCAAAUUUUGAGUGAAAGGGACAGGCAGAGGAACAAGGUGACUUGAGUACACCCUCUUCAGUCCAAAUGUUUAUUCCUAAAAUGUGAUAAGACAUGUCAAGUCUUAACCUUUCAAGGAAAUAUCAGCCUGAUAUAUAAAUACAUUAAAAAUUGUACAGUAUGCAUUGAGCUUUUUGCAUAGGAAAUCAAGCAUAUGAGUCAUAUUGUAAUGAACUUCAGUGUCAUUUCUUAGAAUUCCUUCAGUUCAGUAGAAUUUGGAGUGAAGAAGGUGGAUGCACUUGCCAAGCACUUGUGUCUGGUUAGUGCAAAUACUAGAUAUUUGUCAUGCUAAUGGGAGAUUAAUGUUAUAUUUUGAACUGCUCCCUAACUUUUGUGAAGGGAAGCAGUUAAAUACGCAAUAUAUUUUUUUCAUUUAUAAUUAGUUUUUAUUUUUUUUUAAGACAGUCAUGUGAUAUGACUGCAUUUUAUAUUAUAACAAAUUCCUUGAUGCUGGAAAGUCCAAAAAAAACUUGUCAGAUAUUACAAGAAAUAAAUUUGAUUGAUA